CCUAAUCUUCUCAAGCUGUUCAUAUUUUCACGGAAUCUGGACCAAUGGUGGCAAAGAAACAUGUUCCUUAGUUUCUAGAUUGUGUCUCAGUGACCGCCUAAGAGAAAUGAUAUACUAUUUUGCUCAGUUUCACCCGUUCUAUAAUACCAUACGGCCCUGGUGCUAAUACGUGCGACUGGUAACGGUCUUGAGUACAGUAUUCCUGUAGUUUUUCAUUGUGAGAGACCGCCGUAUUGAAGGAUGGAGACAGCAGCGUUGGUUGUCCUGGUAGUCACGACCGCACUGCAGACGACUCUUGCCGUGCCGGGAAAGUCAAGAGCUGCGGCCGCCCCGCGAUGUUCGUACGACCUGUGUAUGCUGUCGUGUAUGGGCGGAUACAAGAAGGACGAGAACGGGUGCUACAUCUGCGUCUGCAAGGAAGUUGACGGGAACUGGAGCCCGUGGACGGCGUGGGGCGAGUGCACGGAGACGUGCGGCGGGGGACAGCAGGCCCGCUCCCGGGAGUGUACGGACCCCGCCCCGGCACACGGCGGGAAGGGCUGCGACGGCGGAACCCACGAGACACAGGCCUGCAACGAGAAGCCAUGUCCGGAUGACUUCCAGUGGUCGAAGUGGUCUACCUGGGGCGGAUGUACCAAGUCAUGCGGAGGGGGGCAGCAGCGGCGGAGCAGGAAGUGCCAGGGCUGGGCGGACGGUGCGGCGGGGUGCGAGGGGGGCUCCGAGGAGACCCGAACCUGCAACGCCGACGACUGCCCCACGGAUGGCGUGUGGGGCCCGUGGUCUGACUGGGGCGCAUGCUCAGUAACGUGUGGAGCAGGCGUGGAGAGGCGGACCCAUGAAUGUGUGGGACCGACUAACGGCGGGAAGGACUGUCAUGGCGACAAGGAGGAGACCAGGCGAUGUGUCAAGAAACCUUGUCCCGUUGACGGCGUGUGGGAAGAAUGGGGCGAGUGGGAGCAGUGCACGGAGAGCUGUGGCGGCGGGGUGCAGUCCCGUCUGCGGAACUGCCGCGGACCCUCCCACGGAGGGCGGGAGUGCAAAGGAGAGAACAUCCAACUGCGACCGUGUAGCAACGGUCCAUGCCCAGUCGACGGGAGCUGGAAAGAGUGGUCGGAGUGGACGGAGUGCUCGGCCACGUGCGACGGGGGCAGGCGGCAGCGCGCCCGAGAGUGUGAGCCUCCUCAGCACGGUGGUGCCGGCUGCACGGGCAACCGGCUGGACACUCAAUCCUGCAAUACACAUGAUUGUCCAUCCCGCCAUGACAAGUCGGCCCGGCGCGACCUGUGGACCCGUAGCCCCACCGGGUGCCAGUGUUACUGGGACCACCGUCGGCGGGACUGCGCGUGUUGCGAGGACGGCGGGUGCCAGUGUACCCACGACAGCCCGCACCAGUGUGUGCGCUGUGGCUACGGGGCCGACUGCGGCAGGCAUAUGUACGCCCCAGAAGACGGCGUCGACGGCUGGACCAAGACCAUGACGGGCUGCGCAUGCCCAGGAGGGGAGGGUCGGCAGUGCGCAUGCUGCCAAAAUGGCGGCUGCCCCUGCGGGGAAGGACGGCAGAAGAACCAGUGCGUCCUGUGUGGGAGCGAAGACAAGCACUGCGGCAAGAAGCCGCACAUCUUUGGUUAACUGCGAACAAAUGUUAUUCUCCAAUCCGAUGUAGGGUCCAUCCCAAUGCUUGACGUGUGUUUUUGAGACUUUUUUUAAAUACCUUCUUAGAAGAGGAAGUGAUAAAAAGGUGGACCUCUUGGAAGAUGCAUAAAAAAACAUCAAAACAUGCGUAAAACAUUCAGCGAAACUUUACAUCUACUUGAAGAUUUGACAGGUACCUAGUAUAAGGUACAUGCUGCCGUGUACACGCUACACGUAAUAGCUACUAUUUAUUGAAUAAAUAGAUGUAAAAACGUGGGUUUUAAAAGGAGUAAAUUGAUAAUUGCUCACGUUGUAUCUAUUCAGUUACUUUAGCACACAAUGACGGUGUUGCUGUUGUGAGAUAUUGUUUUGUCUAGAAAACGAAGCACACAAUGAUCGUCAUCUCAAGGAUGUCUGGGGUACAUCCUUGGUCGUCAUCAGACCACAGGCUCCUCUUGUUUUGUGGCAUGGAGGUGACUACAGCUGUGUCACUGUAAUAAAAUUCCCAUGCUGUCGGA